GUGAUUGGCUGGGUGUCACUCACUAAAGGGAACCGGCCGGUUUGACGUAGUCUAAUCCUUAGGUAAAGUCCGGAGCUUCUUACGAGCCCGCGGCUUCGAGUCCACCUCAGUUGAGACAAACCCGUCGAGGCCAGAAUAACAUUCACAAUGAACACGAUUCGAUCUACAUGGAUAGGCUGGGGCACCCUUUGCGUCGCUGGCGGCGGAGCCUACUACUUUGCUAAGAAAUCCAUCAACGCCGACCGUCAGACCCGAUUCGAAGCGGAAGUGAAGCGCAAGGCGCAGCUGGCUGCGAUGGAAGCCGAGCACCGACGCCAGAACGCCCCGAACAAUGCUCCGACUCCUAGUCCGACCGAAGAUCCGAGCCUGAAGCGCGCCCAGUUAGUGCGUGCCGAUGAUGUGGCCUCGCCGAGUGCUGAAGCUAGCCAUGACCCCGCACCGACUCGUCACGAACCGGAGACAGAAGCUGAGCGGGUGCUGGAGAAGAGUAAAUAUGAGGCUACGCAGCCUUUCCGGCCUCCGAGGGGAAACCGCUUGUAGGCUGGGAGGUAGUUUGCACAUAAGUAUGUGAGGUGGAGGCGGUGAUGGUAAAACAACAGGGGGAAAGAAAAGGCUAUGUUGUGGCAUUUUCAUGUAUCAUAGUGUGGUGUUCCGAGCUGCAGGGGCUCCUACAGAUUAGUAUAGUAUGACCUGCUUGAAUACUCUGAUCUGCGGGGUUAUCCCUGCCACAGUAGGGGCAUAACUACAGUAAGUAGUCCGGGUUCGGUGAAGUGAACGCUUGUCUAUGCAGCAGUGCUUUGAAGAAGUAAGUGCUCAAUUUCGAGUAAUGCUUCGAUUGAAAUUAAAUAGCCAUAAAGGCAUUGCUCUAUAGGUAAAAUAGCCACGAUCAACCCG